AUGCUUUCAACCAGUUGUCGUCUUUCGCCUGCUUCCAAGGUAUCCUGCCUGCGCGCCCUGAGCCGUCGUUGCUAUGGUGCGCCACCUGCCAUCCAAGCAUUAGAUCCUCGCCGAGACAAGACUGUCCAAGUCACGCACUCAAGAGGCGUCAAUGUGAUCCACGAUCCCCUGUUGUCUAAAGGUACGGCAUUUAGCAUUAAUGAACGAGAACGAUUGUCCAUUCGAGGACUGGUCCCACCUCGUCAGCAAGAAAUGAAUAAGCAACUGUUGCGAGUCAAGCGCAAUCUCGACGCUUGUGAAUCGCCCUUGGCCAAGUUUGUGUUCUUGUCGGCCCUCCAAGAUCGUAACGAGACAUUAUUUUACAAGCUGUUGAUUCAGCACUUGGAAGAACUGUCUGGUGUCAUUUACACUCCUACAGUCGGUUUGGCAAGCCAAAAGUCGCACAGUAUAUACCGCCGAUCCAGGGGUAUGUACUUUUCCUCCCAGGACCGUGGUGCCAUGUCUGCCAUGGUCUACAACUGGCCCCAUGAUGAAGUCGAUGUCAUUGUCGUUACGGAUGGUUCGCGCGUGCUCGGCUUGGGUGAUCUUGGCGCAAACGGCAUGCAGAUUCCCAUCGGAAAAUUGAGCUUGUACGUUGCUGCAGGCGGUAUUCGUCCCCGUGCUGUGCUUCCCGUGGUUCUGGAUGUAGGCACCAACAAUGAAAGUCUCUUGAAUGACCCACUCUACCUUGGUAUGGACCAUCCUCGUCUCGAUGGUGAAGAGUAUUACUCGUUCGUUGACGAAUGGAUUACUGCUGUUACUUCUCGAUGGCCAAAUGCUCUUAUUCAGUUUGAAGAUUUCAAAUAUCCCCAUGCCUACAAUCUGCUAAACAAAUAUCGUGACCAGAUAACGUGCUUCAACGAUGACAUUCAAUCCACAUCCGCUAUCACUCUUGCCGGUAUUCUUGCUUCUCUAAAGGCCCGUGGUCGUUCCCAAGAAGACUUGGCCGAGGAACGUAUUGUAUGCGUUGGUGCUGGUUCUGCUGGUGUAGGUGUAUGUGAAGGUAUCAUCGACUGUAUGGUAGCUCAGGGUCGUGUCAAGACCCGCGAAGAAGCCUACAAGCGCAUUUGGAUGGUCGAUCAUCGUGGUCUCCUCGGUAACCCCGAGCUUGUCGACGACGCACAACCACAAGGCAAACGCUUGAAUGAGCUCGACGAACGUCAAUCCUGUUACGCCAAGUCAGAUCUUCCUGACUGCUUGCCACUUGAUGAUGUUGUUGAACGGGUUAAACCUAGUGUUAUUCUGGGCCUGACAGGUAUCCGCGGUGUGUUUACCGAAAAAGCUAUCCGCACCAUGGCAAAACACCAUGAGCGACCCGUCGUGUUUCCGCUCAGCAACCCCGACACCCAUGCUGAGUGUUCCGCGGAAGAAGCCUUCCGUUGGACUGACAGCCGUGCCAUCUUUGCUUCAGGUAGUCCGUUCAAGGAUGUGCCCUUACCCAAUGGUCGUCUAGGCCGUACCAACCAGUGCAACAACUCGUACAGUUUCCCUGGCCUUGGCCUGGGUGUUACGGUGUCGCGUGCUUCGCGUGUGACACCCAAUAUGUUCUUGGAAACGGCACGUGUCAUUGCUAAUCUGGCUUCGCCCAGCCAGCUCAAGGAAGGCAUUCUCUUCCCUGGUGUUCAGGAUUUGCGCAGUGUAGCUUUGGCCGUGGGCACCCGGAUUUGUGAGGUUGCCUAUGACGAAGGCGUCGCAACGGCCAAGUUGAAGGAAGGUGAACUACUUGCUGAUGUCGUCCGUGGCUCUAUGUUCUCGCCUGAAUAUGUUCCCUUGGUUCAUAGUCCUUACUAA